GCAAGAGAGAACGCAACCCAAGCUUCAAUCGAAAAUCAGACAAGACGUUUUCCAACGGUCUACUGAGUAGUCACAACGCCUUUGCCGGGUGAGUCUGACCUGUCGGUCUGCAUGUUUGCAUCCCCGCACCUUCUGCGAUGCCAGUCGUACAUCCUACGUGCUCGUCACUUCGAUCGCCGGCGCGGAUGCGGUGCCUCUUGCCUUUGUAUCUACUCCCACUGCCUCGGCCUUACACGCGGCGACUAGUGAGUAAGAUCGAACGCAAAGCUGACUAUGACGCUCGUCCGAUGCACAGUCGUCGCACUGCUUCACCCGGCUCACCCAUACGAGCGCCCUGAAGUUGUCGCUGUUCCAAGCAAACCAUAACAACUCUGAUAUCACCCUCAACAGCACCAGGCAGAACGAUGGCACCCAUCGCUCACAACGGCUCAAACGGCCACCAUGCCCAGCAGCCUGCUCUCACCAACGGUCACUCGAGCACCAAUGGAGCAUCCCACGCUAUCCCCAUCGUCGACCCCACUGCUGCCCGUCGACCGGUCGAGCCGCUCAAGGUCAACUCGCCCAACGUGCAAUACACGGCCGAGCACAUAAAGUCAAAGUAUCAGUAUCACACUACUGAUGUCGUCGCUGGCUCCGACGGCACCUUCGAGGUCACGCCUCGCGAGCAAGUCUACGAGUUCCAGACCCAGCGCAAGGUCAACAAGACAGGACUGAUGCUCGUCGGCUGGGGCGGCAACAACGGCACGACCGUCACUGCUACCAUCCUUGCUAAUCGCCACAACAUCUCCUGGAACACUCGCGAUGGUCAGCAGAAUCCCAACUAUGUUGGCUCCCUCGUCCGUGCCUCUACGCUCCGAUUGGGCUCCAACCCGACGACGGGCAAGGACGUCAACAUUCCUUUCUCCGACGUCCUGCCCAUGGUCCAUCCCAACGACCUCGUUCUUGGCGGAUGGGAUAUCAGUGGCAUGCCUCUCGACAAGGCUAUGCGCCGAUCAAAGGUUCUCGAGUGGGAUCUCCAGCGCCAGCUGGCACCCCUCAUGAAGGACCUCGUCCCGCUCCCCUCGGUCGUCUACGGCGAUUUCAUCAACGCCAACCAGGAGGACCGUUCGGAUAAUCUCCUGCCCGGCAACGACAAGCAGGUCCAUCUCGAGAAGAUUCGCAAGGAUAUCCGCGACUUCAAGGCCACCAACGGCCUCGACAAGGUCAUCGUGCUCUGGACGGCCAACACCGAGCGUUACGCCCAGGUUAUCCCAGGCGUCAACGAUACCGCUGACAACCUGCUUCACUCGAUCAAGAACUCGCACGAGGAGAUUGCCCCCUCGACCGUCUUUGCCGUCGCUUCCAUGCUCGAAGGCGCCCCUUACAUCAAUGGCGCACCUCAGAACACCUUUGUGCCCGGAGCCAUCGAGCUGGCCGAACGCGAGCGUGCCUUUAUCGGCGGCGACGACUUCAAGUCUGGCCAGACCAAAGUCAAGUCUGUCCUGGCCGAAUUCCUCGUCAAUGCGGGCAUCAAGCCGCUAUCGAUUGCCUCGUACAACCAUCUUGGCAACAACGACGGCCGCAACCUGAACGCGCAAGCUCAGUUCCGCUCCAAGGAGAUCUCCAAGGCGUCCGUGGUCGACGACAUGGUCGAGGCUAACCCACUGCUUUACAAGCCUCUGCUCAACAAGGAAAAGUCUGCGUUCGGCAAGGCAGCCUACACGACCGAGCAUCCUGACCAUUGCGUCGUCAUCAAGUACAUGCCUGCUGUGGGCGACAACAAGCGUGCGAUCGACGAGUACAAUUCCGAGCUGCUCAUGGGCGGCCGCAACGUGAUGUGCAUCUUCAACUCGUGCGAAGACUCGCUGCUCGCCACGCCACUCAUCCUCGAUCUCGCCCUUCUCACGGAGCUCCUGACACGUAUCGAGUACAAGAAGGCAGACCAGGGCUCGUUCGAAUCGUUCUACUCGGUGCUCAGCUUGCUGAGCUUCAUGCUCAAGGCGCCUCUCGUCAAGCCAGGCGAACAAGUUGUCAAUGCGCUCUCUCGCCAGCGAUCUGCUCUUGAGAACGUCUUCCGCGCCUGCCUCUCACUGCAGCCCAACGGUGACAUGGAGCUCGACAACAAGCUCACUUGGUCUGUCAAGGCAUAGAUCUUUACACCUUAAUCCUGUCGAAUCUUCCCCGGCUAUGCAUUCAUCCUCCUUUUGUUGACCGCUUAGCAAGCAGUGGCUCUGCCGCGCGAUGAGAAUGUGGAUGUCUCCAUCCGUGUAUGUAGGAAUGUGACCCUUCAGUGUGCUACGCACAACGACGCGUGCAUAGAGGC